AUGACGCAUAAUCUCGCGCAGUGUCGAAUCGUUAUCAAAGAGGCAGUCGAUGCUGGAGCGAAGGCACUCUUUCUUCCAGAAGCUAGCGAUUACAUUGGCGGAUCACCAGAAGAAAGUAUCUCCCUUUGCAAGCCGGCCGAUAAGUCGCCAUUCAUUUUGGGCCUGAGGGAAGAUGCAAAGAAGUACUCAUUGCCUAUUUCCGUGGGCGUUCAUGAACCUAGUGAUGAUCCAAAGAGCCAUCGUAUCAAGAACACUUUAAUCUGGAUCGAUGAGAAGGGGGAGAUAGCUCAUCGUUAUCAAAAGAUCCAUCUCUUUGAUCUGGAGAUCAAGAAUGGGCCCAUCAUGAAAGAAAGCAACACCACAGAGCCAGGGCGCGAGAUUCUCAAACCAUUCGACACUGCUGUCGGCAGGAUCGGCUCCAUGAUCUGCUUCGACUUGCGAUUCCCCGAGAUCGCACUCGCCCUCAAACGCCAACAAGCAGAUAUCCUGCUCUAUCCAUCAGCCUUUACUGUGCCAACGGGAAAGGCGCACUGGCUGCCGUUACUGCGAGCUCGCGCCAUUGAGUGCGAGUGCUAUGUGAUCGCAGCCGCGCAGGUGGGCAACCAUAAUGAGAAGCGAGUAAGCUAUGGACAUAGCAUUGUCAUUGAUCCAUGGGGCGAGGUUUUGGGCGAGCUUGGCGGCGAGAAGAAGGACGAGCCUGAGUUCAUUCUCACGGAGAUUGACUUUGAGAAGCUUGACAAGAUCAGGACGCAGAUGCCUCUUUUGAGACGAACGGACGUCUACCCAGAGGUCUGA